UGAAACAGGAAACAAGAGGAAUUCGUUGCAAAAGACUUUUUCUUGCUAAAGCUUUUUACCUGAAAUGCAUAAAUCCGGUUCCUUUGGUCUUUCUGGUCUUUGUCAAAUUACGGAGAACCUUUUCCUCAGUAAUGCAGCCGCAGCUAAUGACGCCUGCCAGGUGUCCAAGAACAACAUCACGUGUAUCAUCAAUGUUUCGGAGACAAAACACAGGACAACCCCGCCUAUAUGUGUGGAAUAUAUUCACAUCCCCAUUCCGGACUCACCCACAUCUCCCCUGAGCGAGUUUUUUGAUAAAGUGGCUGAUAAAAUACAGUUUUACGCGAGCCACAAUGGGCGCACUCUGGUACAUUGUAAUGCAGGUGUGAGUCGCUCCACUGCUUUGUGCAUGGUGUACCUCAUGAAAUAUCACGAUGUCACUCUGCUGGAGGCGCACACAUGGAUUAAGAAAUGUCGACCUUUGACGAGACCAAACUCUGGCUUUUGGCAACAGUUAAUCUGGUACGAGACGGAGCUUCGUGGGAGUGCCUCUGUCCAAAUGGUGUCUUCAUCCAUAGGAGACAUACCAGACAUUUACGAAGACGAAACCAGAAACAUGACACCACUGUGAAAAAAAACAGACAAAAGAAAACAAAGAAAGACAGUUUUGUAUCGGAAAUAAAUUGAUUAUUUUAUUCAUGACUUCUGUCAGUCAGACAAAAAUAAACAGGCUUCUGAGAUUACACACACACCGACGCAGGCUUUGACGUGCAUCUAUGGUACACAAAACAAUGACCGUUUAUCAAAAAGCUUUAAUUUUGAGACAGUAGCGUACUAAAACUUAAACAGUCCAAGUCACAGUAUGGUACAUAUUACAUCAUGCACAAUUUACAGAACAUGUAUCAGCAUAAAUGGUUUAUCUAAGGUAAUGUGAACAUUCACACCUCUUAUUACCCCUCCUAUUUUAUUGACAUACUGGUGCAUCUUAGUUCAGAAUGUUUAAAAGCAUUUGGCAAUCACUAAAAGUGAGGCUACACCAAUACAUUCUUUGGGCAGUAUGGAGCAAAUAGAAACAACAGCAACAGAAAUUGGAAUAUCGCUGAAGUUAAAAUAAUUUAUAUUCUAAACAUAUCAUUACAGAUACACUACACAUCAUCCAAAUAUUUACAUUUUAAAUGGCUUAUUUAAGGAACAGUGCAAACACACUGCUCCAAAGUCUGUAUACAAAGGCAGGGCUCCAAACAGACUUUUCCUUUCUUAAACAAAUAUCCUGAGUCAGGACCUUUGACAGGCCAGUUAUAGAAGAUUGCCAAAAGGUGAUCAACACUAGUGCAAAAUAUGCAUGCUUUCUUCAAAUGAACUGCAUUUCACUUAAAGCCCAAUAAGGCAAGAGUGUCAUAUGCAUAGUUAUCCAUAAAGCAUCUAAAAAGAAAAUUUAAACAUUUAUUUAACACCUGCUAAACACGAACCAAAAUCCACAGUGCACUGGGCUUCCAGAAAGAAUGGGGUCAUUGUCACGGCUGUAAACAGCACAUAAAUUUCAACAAAUUAAUAAAAGUAUACAUUUAAAUCAAUAA